AUGUCUCUGUCUACUCCAGCGGCAGCGUACCUUCACCGACCCAAUAGCUCCACUGAGAUCAGACCCCUACGGAUUCUCGUGGCUAACAACGGCCUUUCUGCAUGCAAAUUCAUAAGAAGCACCGCUAAGGCACAGUUGCAGCCGGAAAUGUGCAUCGCAAGAGGCGUUGAUCUGUACGUAAUGGAGACCCCCGACGACCGCGAGGCAGGCCUGUCAUACAGGGCUGAGCCCAACCCUCUGGUGCCUCCUGGAUGCGGGGUCAGAGUGGUCCCUGUUGAGGCUCCUCCCGGUCCAGGUGCUAACAACUACGGCAACGUAGAGGUCAUACGUAGAUUAGCGGUCGAGAACGAAUGCGAUAUGAUUUGGCCCGGUUGGGGUCAUGCUUCAGAGAACCCUGAGCUCCCCAAGGCCUUUGAAGACACCGGAAUAGAGUUCAUUGGCCCCUCCGCAGAGUGCAUGCGACUAUUGGGAGAUAAGGCCGAGUCGACGAUUACUGCCAAGAAAUGCGGAGUACCAUGCAUCCCUUGGUCCGGAGACUACCCGGACUUGGCUACAGAAGGCUUCGUGGCGGACUCUGAGGCAGCGGCGGAGUGCUGUGAUAGAAUAGGGUAUCCAUGCAUGAUCAAGGCUGCUAUGGGAGGGGGAGGCAAAGGUAUUCGGAUGGUGUCCUGUCGAGAAGAAGUAGCGGACAAAUUCGAGUUGGUCAGAGGAGAGAUUCCCAUCGGCGGUAUCAUGAUCAUGAGAUGUGUCACUAGAGCUCGCCAUUUUGAAGUUCAAAUCUUGGCUGAUAAAUACAACAACGUUGUGGCUCUGAGUACUCGUGAUUGCUCGCUCCAGCGCCGACAACAGAAAAUGGUUGAGGAAGGUCCUGUGGUCCACACUAGUCAUGAAAGAGUUCUCGAGAUGCAAGAUGCUGCUGCCAGACUUUGUGCGGAAGUUGGGUAUGUGUCGGCGGGCACUGUAGAGUUCUUAUAUGAUCUUGAUACGGAUGAAUACUACUUCCUUGAAGUCAAUACGCGACUACAAGUGGAGCAUCCAGUGACGGAGCUCCUCAGCGGCGUCAAUCUACCAAACGCGAUGAUCCAAGUGGCUCUGGGAAAAACUCUCUAUGAGAUACCCGAUGUCGCUGCAUUCCUGGCCGAUCCGGAUCGCUAUAGGUUCAAGGACAGACAUGUGAUGGCCUGCCGUAUUACGGCUGAGGCGGCUGACGAUGGCUUCCGACCGACUGCUGGUAUAGUGGAGCGUGUGAAGUUGUAUGAGGAUCAGAUCAGUUAUGAGGAGCUGAAUGAGGAUGUUUUCCUUUACUAUUUCUCUAUCGCUGCUGAUGGGAAAAAGAAGGCAGCUAUCACCCAGUAUUCUGAUAGUCAAUUCGGGCACAUUUUCGUUGUUGGCUCGGACCGUCGUGAUGCUGUGCGGCGAAUGGUAGAAGUCCUUCGUAACGUAGAGGUUGUGGGAGAGGUGAAGUGCAGUGUUGAUUACAUCAGGGAAGUGAUGCGUACCAGCGAGUUCGAGAACGAUACUUACCAUACCAACUGGUUGCUUUCCCCCACAGAAGGCCAAAGGGUCAUCACCAAGGCGAUAGCGAUGGACUCUGUUGUCAACGGCAGUCUGGUCCUGGCCAAGGUCGGUGUUGCCGCAUCGAUAUGCAAGUUCCUGUAUCGAUUCCUCCGUGCUGAAUCGCAAUUUGCGGCGAAGUUGUCUGCUGCACAGCUUCCAGCGCAUUUGGCGACUACUAUGCACGAGGAUAUUGUUCUUGGGAAAUGUGGCAGGUUGCCUUAUAGACCCUGCAAGUUCCUAUCACAAGUGUCGGCUACUGGCCCUAAUUCUUUCUGUGUCACCAUACAGAUGCCUGAUGGAGAGAAGACUGUGAUACCCUACUUACAUGCUGAACCUGUCUCGGGUGAGGUAUACGAAUUCCGACUGAGUGGCUGGCAGUUCAACUCGACUGGUCAACGGGUUGUCUUUGCUCCCCAUGGCGAAAUGCUGACGAUGUACUUUGGUGAGUGCAAGAGCGAGUGUUGGGAGAUCAUACGGGAAGUGGAUCCACAUGAAGUCCGCUCGCAAAUGGCCGGUAGUGUUCAUUCGUUGAAGGUAUCUGAUGGUGAUCGCGUGGUGGCGGGGGAAAUCAUCUGUCAAGUGGAGGCGAUGAAAAUGUUCAUGCCGAUUCUCAUGCCGUUUACUGGGGUCAUCAAGUUCAAUGUGGCGCCGGGCAGCACGUUGAAAGUUAACGACUUGAUAGCUACGCUUAGCGACUUGGAGGUGGACGAUCCGACUCAGUUGGAAGACUGCAAGCCCCAGGUGUAUAGCGAUGCUAAGGUGUUGCAUAAACGUCGAAUGUCGGUGCAGUUUGACCCGAACGAUGUGGAGAACAUUAUGAAGGGCUACGAGCUCAUUGGAAUGAGCGCUCAUGAAUUCGUAGGGAAAGUAGCUGAGUACGUCUUGAAGCAAGGAGAGAUGAGUGAUGGUAGUUUUGAUACUACUACUGCUGAGAACAUUCUCAAUAUGCUAAUUCGGGUAGAGGAUCCAGCUGAUGAGAUGCUCGAUCAUUUGAGCCACAUGAAUCCUGGUGCUUCCCGGUUGGCGUUGUCAGUGGCUAAGGCAGGUUUGGUUGAUCCCAAAGAUAUGGACCUGCUGAUGGAUAUCGCUAGGAGUCGUCGAAACACGAGGCUGCGUGUGGACAUCGCGAUGUGUGUCAUAGCAGUACUGUGGGAAAAAUCGGCUUGGGUGGAUGCUCUUGAGAAAAUCCGAAGGUGGAAAACGGCCGAUAUGGAAAACCUUAAAUUGGCGGCUGGCGCUCUCACACUCAGAGCUAACGGUGUCACCACGAGUGACACUCUGGUUGAGCCAGUACUCACGGUGAUCGACGAAAUACCACUGGGGAGAGCGGAUGCUAGCACUGACAGCCCCAACGAGCUCAGCAGUAUGAGUUCUGAUGACAACUCUAGUAUGGAGGGCGGCAUGGUGAGCGGUUUGCCGAUGGUUAAAAGCCCUUUGAAGCGGAUGAUCAGAAACGAUAGUAUUCGCAGUCUGUUUGAGAGGACGCUGGGCCGCAAGCCUUCUGUCAUUGACAAGGUGUCGGGUGGUGUUACCUUAGAAGUGGUGAAAGAUCUUUUCCCGGUCUCGAAGAGUGCUAUUGCGGACCCCUACACCUACUACGCUCAGCUGAAUUUCAACCUCCAGAGCGCCACUGGAAUGCGCGGCUGUGAUCCGGUGCUGUCGGGUGGUAAGAAGCUUGACAAUUUGGUGGUCGCGAGUGUAGACUUGUCGAAUCACAAGAGUUAUGUGGCUGAGGUCGUGGCUAUGUAUCAGCGUAUGCGUAGAGAGCUGACUAUGGCUGGUCCCAGUCUUGGUGAUCGCAGGACACAUCUCAAGAUUGAGGUGACUCCAUAUGGCUCGCUGACAAGUGUCACCGAUGAGGUGUGCGCUGAGGCGUUGUGCACUGGUUUAAAUGAGGGUGGCGAGUUGGUUAAUAAGGAAGCCCCUGUCGCUAGUGUUGCUGUGGUGCUGGGCCCACACAGGAGGUUCUUCUUCCAUAACUCUGCAGUUGUGUCGGAAGCGAAGUUCGUCGAGCUGGUACUGUAUCGCAAUGUGCCGCCAUAUAGAUGGCAAGAAAUGGAGUGUUCACGGUUCGAGAAUUACAUCCUCACACCUUUGCCGUUGGGUCCAUGCCCUAACGCCUACUCCCCGCUUUCCCCACAAGAUGUCACUGACUUUGUUUCUGUCGUGAAGGCUACACCAAGGAGGGUCAAUAAGGAUAAGUGGUCGGAGCCAAUUUUGAGCGCCAGCGCGUUCGUGACGGGCAGCGUUGUGGGAAAGUGCCGGCCUACGGAGCCUGUGAAGCUGGUGGAGAGCGCGAUGAUCGCGGCAUUGGAUGCCCUCAUGAUCAACACUAAGGGACCUCGUAGGACUAAGCAGCAGUGCAAUAGGAUGUACCUGUCCGUUUCCUGCCCUGAUUGGGAAGACGGUGAAGACUCUGAGGAUGAGGUGGACGGGAUGGGUGACAACUCGGCUGUUUUGGGCCGAUCCCUGAGCCAAGCUGAGAAGACUGUGGCCGCCGCGGUUCGAGGGUACUCCUCUGAGCUGUGGGCAUACGCCAACCAUCUCGAGGUCCGUCUGUCCUUUGGUCAGCAUAUGCCUAUAAGGGUCUUCGUGAGAGGCACUCCAUGGCGCCUUGACGUUACCGCUAUAGCCUACCAUGAGGUCCGCCAUCCCACCACUGGAGUGCUACAGCUGAGGCGUCUACCUAAUCCUGAUGAUGGUAGUCUUGCUGAGGACGACGGGGUGGAGGUAGAUGCCCCGUUACAGCAACCAGCUGGUGUCACCGUGAGGCGGCAUGCGGCUGAGCGGCUCGAUACUACCUAUGUGUAUGAUUUCCUGGAGCUGUUCGAGCAGGCCGUACGUGAGGAGUGGCGGAGGAAAAAGAGCGGUCACGAAGCACGUAUUAUCCUUUCCGAGACUAAGCGUUUUGUCAAGGUGGAGGAGCUGAGGCUGAAGGAAGGUGUGGAGGAUCCUCUUCGUAACAAGGACCCGGCCGAGAUGUUGGAGUUUAUGCCCAACUCUCCGGGGACCAACAAUAUUGGUAUGGUUGCAUGGAAGCUGACGAUGAAGAUGCCCGAGUGGCCGGCCGGUCGGGAGGUUUAUGUGGUGGCGAAUGACAUCACGUUCAUCCAGGGUUCGUUCGCGCCUAAGGAAGAUGACCUCUUUUACUAUGUCUCCAAGUUGGCCCGGCUCACUGGAGCUCCUCGGCUGUAUAUUGCUGGCAACUCUGGCGCAAGGCUGGGGAUUGCCAAGGAGGUCUUCGCGAGGUUCAAGGUGGCUUGGCGAGAUGGUGAAGUCGAUUACCUUUAUCUUGACAAGGAGGCCUAUGAGGCUAUACCCGAGUCAGUGAGCGGGGUUUGGGUCGGUGGUGACCGGUUCAAAAUAAAGACUAUUAUUGGUAAAGAAAACGGCAUCGGCAUUGAAUGCUUGUCGGCUUCGGGGCUCAUCGCGGGUGAAACUUCCCUUACGUACAACCAGAAUAUGACCAUGACGUAUGUAACUGCUAGGACUGUGGGCAUUGGUUCUUAUCUGGCUCGACUAAGCCAACGAAUAAUACAGAAACGCACUGCUCCUAUAAUCCUCACUGGUUUCAAGGCGCUCAACUCGGUCCUUGGGAAGGAAAUUUACACGAGUAAUGACGACAUAGGAGGCACUCAUGUUAUGUUCGGUAACGGCAUCACGCAGACUACGGUUGAUGACGACUUGUCUGGUGUUCGUGAGAUGGUACGGAGGAUUGGCAUGCUGAGAGAACCACAAACGCAGUUGGGGAAGCUGCCUCGGCCUGCGGCACCCGACAGUAUAUUCGAUAAGAAUUCUUUCGAGGAGCAAAUGGCUGGGUGGGCUCCUAGUGUGCGGGUGGGGCGAGCGGCAAUUGGUGGUUCGCCUGUGGGUAUUGUUGUUACCGCUCCAGAGACUACUACUGCGGUCAAGCUGGCUGAUCCUGCUGAUCUGAGCUCUGCUGAGAAGACUAUCACGUAUGAGCCUCGUGUCAUGUACGCUGAUGGGGUUUCGAAGGUUGCUCAGACUGUUAGUGACCUUAUCACUGAGCAGUUGCCACUAGUUAUGGUACUCAACACACGCGAGGUGGACAGCACAGACAUUGAGAUGAACCAUGUAAUAUCCCAGCUCGUUGAGGAGCUGGUGCGGUUUGAAAAGGCGGGCAGGCCGCUCAUCGUCUUGCCAGCUAGUGGGUGCCUCCUUUCACCUGAGGUUAAGACGGUCAUAGAAUCUGCGGCACCGAGUAGCUACAUUUUCGAUAACUCGUAUGGUUCUCGCGAUAAGUGGACGUGUAGUGCGCUGACCAAUGGCGAGAGCUACUCGUGGAAGGACCUGCGCGGCUGGCUCGCGUGCUUCCUAGGAUGUGAGCCGGAGCAGCUACUUGGGGUCAAUGGAGCCAACGACGAGAUUGAUGAGAUCAAAAGGGAACUGCUAGGUUAUAUUAAGGAAGGGUACGGGAGUCUCGUCGAAAGUGUUGUUCAGAGCCAGAAUAAGGGGAACCCCUUGGUGGCUAGCCCGUCGGCACUCAGCUUGUCCCACUAUGCCUCGCAGCCACGUGGCCUUUAACUGUUGAAAAAACCCAGAAUAUAUGGAAUUGUAUUAAGACUGUUUUUAGGGUAUCGUUCACGCCCUGUACCCCACUGUUUCUCCUAUUACACUGACACUGUACAAUCACCUUGCUAUGCUUGCGGUAUGCCGUCAAGAAUGCUAUUUUCGGCGGAGGACACGCUCCUCUGGAGGCAUUCUAAUACUUUCGAAUUAUGAAUUGUACCAAACACUUACUUGGCUCCAACUUGCCAUUCUGCCAGAGGUGGAUCCUUCGAGCCA